CAGCGGCGGUGGCGGCGGCGGGUCCGUGAGAGUAGCGUGGGGGCGGGGAGGAGAGGCGGCGGCGGCGUAGGAGCUACGCCACACGCGGCCGGGGCGCUGGGAGCUCGAAAGCAGAGCGGGGUCGUGGCGGCGGUGGUGAGAAGAGGAAGGCGGCGGAGGGGGUGCCAUGGCGGGGCAGCAGUUCCAGUACGAUGACAGCGGGAACACCUUCUUCUACUUCCUCACCUCCUUCGUGGGGCUCAUCGUGAUCCCGGCCACAUACUACCUCUGGCCCCGAGAUCAGAAUGCCGAGCAAAAUCGAUUAAAGAAUAUCAGAAAAGUAUAUGGAAGAUGUAUGUGGUAUCGUUUACGGUUAUUAAAACCUCAGCCAAAUAUUAUUCCUACAGUAAAGAAAAUAGUUCUGCUUGCAGGAUGGGCAUUGUUAUUAUUCCUUACAUACAAAGUUUCCAAAACAGACCGAGAAUAUCAAGAAUACAAUCCUUAUGAAGUAUUAAAUUUGGAUCCCGGGGCGACAGUAGCAGAAAUUAAGAAACAGUAUCGUUUGCUGUCACUUAAGUAUCAUCCAGAUAAAGGAGGUGAUGAAGUUAUGUUCAUGAGGAUAGCAAAAGCUUAUGCAGCUUUAACUGAUGAAGAGUCCCGGAAAAAUUGGGAAGAGUUUGGAAAUCCAGAUGGGCCUCAAGCCACAAGCUUUGGAAUUGCCCUGCCAGCUUGGAUAGUUGACCAGAAAAAUUCAAUUUUGGUUUUACUUGUAUAUGGAUUGGCAUUCAUGGUUAUCCUUCCAGUUGUUGUGGGCUCUUGGUGGUAUCGCUCAAUACGCUAUAGUGGAGACCAGAUUCUAAUACGCACAACACAGAUUUAUACAUACUUUGUUUAUAAAACCCGAAAUAUGGAUAUGAAACGUCUUAUCAUGGUCUUGGCUGGAGCCUCUGAGUUUGAUCCUCAGUAUAACAAGGAUGCCACAAGCAGACCAACAGAUAAUAUUCUAAUACCUCAGCUAAUCAGAGAAAUUGGCAGCAUUAAUUUAAAGAAGAAUGAGCCGCCACUUACCUGCCCAUAUAGCCUGAAGGCCAGAGUUCUUUUACUGUCUCAUCUUGCUAGAAUGAAAAUUCCUGAGACCCUUGAAGAAGAUCAGCAAUUUAUGCUGAAAAAAUGCCCUGCCCUACUUCAAGAAAUGGUUAAUGUAAUCUGCCAACUAAUAAUAAUGGCCCGGAGCCGUGAAGAAAGGGAGUUUCGUGCUCCAACUUUGGCAUCCCUGGAAAACUGCAUGAAGCUUUCCCAGAUGGCUGUGCAAGGCCUUCAGCAGUUUAAGUCUCCCCUUCUGCAGCUCCCUCACAUUGAAGAAGACAAUCUUAGAAGGGUUUCUAAUCAUAAAAAGUACAAAAUUAAGACUAUCCAGGAUUUGGUGAGUUUAAAAGAAUCAGAUCGUCACAAUCUAUUGCACUUCCUUGAAGAUGAAAAGUAUGAAGAGGUUAUGGCUGUCCUUGGGAGUUUCCCAUAUGUGACCAUGGACAUAAAAUCACAGGUAUUGGAUGAUGAAGAUAGCAACAACAUCACAGUAGGAUCCUUAGUUACAGUGUUGGUUAAAUUGACAAGGCAAACAAUGGCAGAAGUAUUUGAAAAGGAGCAGUCCAUCUGUGCUGCAGAGGAACAGCCAGCAGAAGAUGGGCAGGGUGAUACUAACAAGAACAGAACAAAAGGAGGAUGGCAACAGAAGAGUAAAGGACCCAAGAAAACUGCUAAAUCAAAAAAAAAGAAACCUUUAAAAAAAAAACCUACACCUGUGCCCUUAUCACAACCAAAGCAACAGAAACAAAAGCAGGCUAAUGGAGUCGUUGGGAGUGAAGCUGCAGUAAAGGAAGAUGAAGAAGAAGUUUCUGACAAAGGCAGUGACUCUGAGGAAGAAGAAACCAAUAGAGACUCUCAAAGUGAAAAAGAUGAUGGUAGUGACAGAGACUCUGAUAGAGAGCAAGAUGAAAAACAAAGCAAGGAUGAUGAAGCAGAGUGGCAAGAAUUACAACAAAGUAUACAGCGAAAGGAGCGAGCUCUGCUGGAAACCAAAUCAAAGAUAACACAUCCUGUUUAUAGUCUUUACUUUCCUGAGGAAAAACAAGAAUGGUGGUGGCUUUAUAUCGCAGAUAGGAAGGAACAGACAUUAAUAUCUAUGCCAUAUCAUGUGUGCACACUAAAAGAUACGGAAGAGGUAGAACUGAAGUUUCCUGCACCAGGAAAGCCUGGAAAUUAUCAAUAUACAGUGUUUCUAAGAUCAGACUCCUAUAUGGGUUUGGAUCAGAUUAAACCAUUGAAGUUGGAAGUUCAUGAGGCUAAGCCUGUGCCAGAAAAUCACCCACAGUGGGAUACAGCAGUAGAGGGGGAUGAAGACCAGGAGGACAGCGAGGGCUUUGAAGAUAGCUUUGAGGAAGAGGAAGAAGAGGAGGAAGAUGAUGACUAAGCAGUACUAUGAAUGGACCACAGUAUUUGCACAUAUUUGCAAAUUUUUGCUGUUUUGGAAGUGUGUAAUAAACCAGAAACAGUGCAGAACUGAUGUUGAAGGAGAUGUUAGUUCUUUACUAGAAAUGGGUGCAUAAUAUAACUAGGCAGUGGUGGUGCCUUGGUACAGUCUGAAAAAUGCUUAAGGCUUGUGAAAGCCUUUCAAGUAUGGGAUGGUGCAUUUAUUUCAUCUGCAAAUGAUAAUAAACCCUUUGUUAUAACUGUCCAGAAGUGUGGGCUAUGUAUUAUCUGAUCUUUUAUGGUCCCAGUGAAAGUAAAGGUACAUGAAAAACAGUCUAUAAAUGAGCGACUUUUCUUUGUUUAGCUUUAGUUUUAACAAACGUUAAAGUAUGAUAAACACCACAAAUGUUUUAAGUAACAUCUGCUCAAGUUUUAAUCUCUUGGUAAGCUCUAUUCACUUAUUGACAUUUUGCAGUGAUACAAGAGUAUUUAUAACAGCUCCAUUCAUAGCUUUAAACAUUUUAUUUUUGCCUAUCUUGGUCGUAAGUUGGCAUUCUGUCACAUUCCACAUAAUAUAGAGGGCUACAUUUUGGGAUUUUCCUUCUUUUAAUUGCCCAGAGUUAUCAGAUUAUAAAAAUGGCUUUUAAUGGCUUAAAACAUUUUUAAGCCUCUAUUUUAGCAGAUCAAUACAGGAUCUAAUUCUUUUUAUAAGCUAUAGAUCUAAAAAUGAUUGUGGGACCAUAUGUUCUCUGAUAUUGGUGACUUAUGUUAUUAAACCUUUUUUAAAAGGUUCAUUAUAAAAGCUGAAAUACAUUCUUAGCUUUUAAUCUACCUGACUCUAUCAGAAGCCUUUUAAGGAAAAAUAUAACAUGCAAACGAGGCAUUUUUUUGUAUUCAUUUUGGACUUCUGUCAAUAAAAUAGAAGUUUGACUCAU